AUGGCAGUUUCAUUGAAUUCAGUCAUUGGGUUCAACGCCACGCUGCAAGCCAAGCAUCGGCAGCAUGACUUUAGAUCCCCAGCCAUGUCUUUGCCCGCAUUCUCACACCCGUUGGCAACAUUUCGCUCCACAUCAAAGCUACAACGUUGGGUUGCAGAUAACGAUCGAGCUACCACCGACACCAACAAACUCAAUCCAGUCGUCCCCAUUGAGCAAUUGAAAGCCUCCCCUGAAGAAGGUCAACCACCAGCACCAGCACCAGCACCGCCGCAACCAAGGCCCAAAAGAUCAUCACCACUAACAGCUAGGGAGAGAUUGAAGGCCGCUCGAGUCCUCAGUCGAUACCCGGAAAAGAAGCCAACCAAGCCAGACAUGGGGAAGAAAGUGCUUGAUGCUUUGAGGGAGAGUGAUAAGGGCAAGAAGAGAUCAAGACUCCCUGAAGCACCAACCAACAUGUUGGAUGAUGCCAAGAGAGGGAUGCCGAAUCCGGGAUGGACGUUUGACUUCCCGGGGGGUAAUGAUCUGCUGGUCAUUGCCUUCUCGUUUGUGUUCAUCAGCACCGUCAUGUUUGCCACCACUUUCCUUGUCUGGAAAGUUGGUGCCAUCCACUUUAACGAGUUCUGA